UGUGAGGUUGACCUGCAAUAUCUAAUCAGGAUGGCGGAAAUCCUCCACGUCUCAGCCCUCGGCUGGGAUAAAAUGAAAGAUCAUUGGUGGCAGUUUGUGUUCAUCGCUAUCUUAAUAGCUUGUGUUGCUACAGGAUCCUUGUGGCUUCUGUACUCUGGCACGAAGAGACUGCGCAACUACAUCAAGACAAGGCCACGCUCAGAGAAAGUGCCGCCCAAUGUAUCUCAACGGUUGGUUACUCUUUCCAACAAGUUGCUCAAUGUGCCAAAUAUUCAAAGACGCAAGCCGUCUUCUUUUGGUAUCUAUCUUGGUUCAUUCAGUUCCCCGCCGGAUCGGGAUCAGCUCCGGCUCUUGAAUGAAUGGGAUCUGUUGAUUGUUGAUCCUUUUCAGUCGGGCACGGCCCAAGCAAUUCGCGAUGUGGAGGGCAAGCAAUUAUUGGGAAGAGUUGACCUUGAUCUUGUCCUCUCCAAGGCUGAGUCGACAUUGUCAGCAAUCGAAAAGAUCGAUAACCUUCUUACAGGCACAUUCGAUAGUGCUAACUUCAGCGGUAUGGUUCUGGCCAAUUGGGAAGGAAAGUUUCCCGCCUCGGUGUUCACUAAACUCGUCGAGGUGAUCGAUGAGUUGGGUCUGGCAGUCUACCUUGAGACCGCACCCCCAGACUUUCUAAAGGAUCGCAACUCCAUGCAGAGCCCUGCCAUUUCCGGAAUCGUUAUUCAAAAUGCCAGUAUACUGCCAGAAGGCCAGAAGCGCGACUAUUUUCAACUCGUGAAGAUGCAGCCCACUAUCAAGGCGUUCGUCUCCGAAGCUUGUGUGAGAGAUUUCGUGGUGAUGGCGUGGGAGACAAUCGACGACAAUGCCACAUUGUCGAAUGCUGUCGUCCAAAGGUCUCUUCAAUGGUGUAACUUUUACAGUGCGAUUCCAUGGAUUGGCCAGAAGUCGGCUCUCACAAACGCUGCCCUUAACGUCAAGAUCUCAGAGCCUCUACCCUCUUUUGGAUGGCUGAAAGAUGCCGAAAUCAUCAAAGCUCAUGAUCGCUGGCGCUCAAAUUUGCAUAUCAAGAACGAUGUAUCCGACACGAGCGCUUGGAAUACAUUGUUGCCAUUUUUUCCUACCCUGGAAGAAUUGCUUACCUCGUCGGAAUAUGCUCAACCUGAGAACAACGAACUGACGACAAAACUCCGCGAUCCACCGGAGUGGGUAGCACAGGUGAAGUCUCUGGGGAGUCCACUUUCCAUAUCAAUGGCAGGUAUUGAAUACAACUCUCUUGGUUGCUUCCCGCUUGGAUCUGAGGCGACAGCACUUGCCUUUGCCGAAGUCCUUCAGUCACAACUGCGCCUUAAAUCACUGGGCUUGCUCCAUCCGGUUCCUGCUUCCAAGAUUCAGAGCAUCGGUUUACUCCUCAAGAAAUUUCACGAAUCUUAUAUGCUUCCCAAUGCAACCAGCUCAGAUCCUUACGCUGUUACAAACGCAACCUCGGACCAACUGGCGACUUCCAUCAAGGAACUAUCUACUCUGGCAACGAACGGCUCAUUGCAGGUCAACCUUGGACUGGACUCAGGACUUCGUAAGAGUGUCGACAUGCGCUUUUGGGCAGUUUACCAGAUGGAAUCGGAUGGGUUUGAAGUUUUUGCUUCGAAAAAAGCCCAAGGUUUAGCAGGAACCGUACUGCAUACGUUCUUGUCUGCAAAAGGAUACUCCCGCCACGUUUGUUUUGAGGUAGAAACUGCUUUAGCCAAAUGGUCCCAGGACCUCGGCGAUGAUACCGGACUUCCUCGCCGAUUUGUCCAAGACAUCGACAUGCUGAGCCCCGAAGAGCGACUGCUUCUAUUUCAGCAUCUCUCCUUGACCGACUCAUACAGCGAGCUCUCCGACAGUAUUUGUGCAUACAUUCGCAGACUGCUUAUUGAUGCACCUUCACUCGCUCAGCUGAAGGAGCUUAACACCGUUUCGUAUCUUGAAGGCUCGGCUUCUCCCGAAGUGUUGGUUAAUAGCCGCAUCAAAUGGUAUCGAGAACAGGGAUGCCAACAUCCGUCUGCCUCUAAAUGUCUCGCAUUAUUCUAUCAAACAGAUGCCGCUUUUACUCAGAUCCUGAGGGAGCACCGCGAGGAAGACCUUGCUUUGGUAUCGAAGGCCUUCUGCCAGCUGCUUCAAAAUGAUCACAUCGAUGCUUAUACUGAUAUCAUGGCACUGGCACUUUUCUGCGCUGCGAGGAAAGGAGCAAUCGACGAGAUUUAUAAUGAAGUGACCGAUCGUAACCCGUUGUUCAACAAUCAAUCAGACCAAGCGGCUGCUUUCUCAGAAUCAUUUGCUUUAGGAUCACGCUGCGAGGUCUACUUUGAUGUUCAGCCUAGCGCCUUUGGAAAGCUGCUCUCGGAUCGUUUCAGAAGAGAGUACAACGAUGAGAAGCUCCCCGAUUGGAUUAAUGGCGCCCCUGAAAUGGCCACAUCUUAUGCUGGUGCCCAAAUUGACGUUAACCCGGAUGACAAGGUCAAGCCGAUGCCUGGCUACCAGCGAUUUACUUUCCUCGGUGUUUUCGCAUUCCCAGCGUUGAUUGACAUCAUUCUGCUCACAAUUAUCGGCCGUGGUCUAUACCUUUCAGCCUUUAUGACCCAUGACGAGCUACAGAGUGCCACUAUCGCUUUGAUGAUUUCCCUUCUCUUAUCUGGUGCAAUCGGUACAAUGAUCGCGUGUGGAGGACCCUACUAUCUCAUUUCGAUGGCCUUCGCAGCUUCAAAUAUGUUCGUCCUUAUCCGAUUAAUUGCUGGCAUUGCGUUCACAAUUGCCGCCGGCUUAAUUGGAUUCAUCGUUAUCUCUGGCGUGAAAAGCCCACAGGCUGGCAUUAUCUUCUAUCUUUACCUCGUCGCCUUGACCAUCUACCUGACGACCUUCGCUACCCUCGCCAGCUUUAGCUACCCCGGAACCGGUUUCUUGUCCGGACGCAAAGUGAUCUUCAGCUGCAUCCCCAUUCUCUUCGUCUCGCCUAUCAUCACUACUUGGAGCGGCCACGAUUCAGCUAUAUAUCUUGCUGUGCUAUACGUGUUCAUCGGAUUUUUGCUUCUCGGCUUGCGAUCAGUAGCCUCUAAAUGGGUGACUUGGUAUCAGAACAUCAGGAGGACUGACGACACGGAAAUCCGGAAAUGGUAUAUUGCCACAUACGGUAAUAACGAUGAGAAGGUUUUUGGAAGCCUGAGUGACCCGGCUGUCUUGAAACUGUCAAGAGAUGCUCUCUACAAGGAUGUCUUGGCUGAGAACUCCCGGAGCUUCUUCUCUAAGCCCACAACUGAUACACUAGUCCGCGAGCUUGCCAGAGAUUGGGAUUCGACAAAUUUCCUCCUAGACUGGUACUGUCGUUAUGCUGAUGUGCCCCGGCCGAUUCCGUUCAGUUCUUCCUGGAAUAUCCAGACCAAGGUCGGGUUAGAUGUGCUUCGGAACUCCCAGAAAGGAAUCCGGUUGCAUAAUGCCUUCAUCCAUUGGCGCCAAUCGAGCAAAGAAAUAGGUUGUGGAAUCUUGUACUUUAUCAUAGCCCUUCUAGACAAAUGGGUUGAGUUAUUGAGUGGCGGACAGCUCGUUGGUCUCUCGACCUCCCUUUCUGAUGCCAAUCGAAUGGCAGUCGGAUUUGGAUUGGCCUACUACCUCAUAGGGGCCGUUCUCAUCGAUACCAAGGCCCAGGAACUCCAUGAUCUUGUGGGCCAGCAUUCAGCUGUUGCUGUGGGAUCGGCCAAGGAGAUACGUCCCUCACAAAAGCGAGACGUGAGAUUCAAGAGAAAAGUCUACUGGAAGACCUUUUUCAAGUUUCUUAUGUGGCUGGUGUGGAGCUUGGCUAUUGCAACGGCUUUGAUCUGGACUUUCCAAGCACCAGUGCAAGCGAUGAUUAUGUUUUUCGCUUAUGUACUGUCCUAUACCGGCCUUCUUUGGUACCAAUAUACGAAGAUCUUCACCGGCCCGCACGCCCUCAUACCACUGAUGACCGGUGUGGUCGUCGGAUUGCCUGUCGGUAUCGCCCUCAAAGUAUGCCUUGGUAAUAACUUCUUGUAUUCUCAGGUGAUUGGUCUAGGAGCAGCCACAUGGACAGUGGCUAUUCUCUCCCUUUUCACUGCCAAGAUGGGCAUGCCCAAGAAAGUUGACUCACCCGUGGAGCUUGGGAAGACAUUCCACGCAUAUACCGCCUCGUGGGCGGAUCCUGAGUGGUCCCAACAAGAGUUACAGACAUUCUUUGAAGGAAUGUCAGUCGUUCCUGCUGAUGCGCGGUUGAAACUUGUGCCGGGCUCCCAUCCCGGUGUUGAAGUUAAGACUAUUCUACUUUCGCGCAAGAUAGAACCCAGGAUUGAAGAGGCCUUCCCGGAAUCGGAAAAGCUCAUCAGUACGGCGCUGGGUGCCUGGGAAAGGGGCGAAAUAACCCUUGAACUUGUGCCGUUGGGUUCGCUUGGCCCUAACAUUCAGGCACUGAGCUGCAGUAUGUCUGGUCGUCUGCAGAUCGCAAUUUGCGUUGGACGAGGACUAGACGAGCGGAUUGAUGUCAGUGCUAACUGCCAGGUUAUUGCUGAGACUCUACUCCACGCGGUCGCAGAAUCAAUAAUGCGAAUGCCCCACGAGUAUGCCGUGCUUUCUGAAUCGCUCGUUACAGCAGGAGUGACUGAAACGACCGCCCGACAACUCCGAGAGGAACCAGAUACUCCACUCGUCGUACGCUGGGCAAAGAAGGAGCUUCUGCGGCAGCUGUGUCUAGGAUUCGAGUGUGACGCUCAUUGGGAAAAGCUGCCUCAGAAUAUUAGGAACAUGUUAUUGGAUCGUUGUCUUGGUAGGCCAUGUCUACUAUCCGAGGGCAGCCAACAAUGGCUUGAAACGAGUCUUUGUCGGUUUGACACAAGCGACUUGAAUGUGCACGUUGCUCGCUGCAACCUGGGAGCUGCGACUGCUGUUAGUAUCCUUGACUACGCGAAUUACGGAACCGGUGAAGCAGGAGCCAUCAAGGAUCCGGAAAUCCCAAUAUAUAUCCCAGAGAUCCCGAAGAAGCUUCCUAUGGCUAUGUCCAUCAUCCAGAAGCCGUUGAGUUAUGUUUAUCACUCUAUUGGCUCUGGGGUCAAGUUCUUCAUCGCUGCUUUACUUGCGGAUUCCGAAUUCCAGAGGGAAUUCGAUCAUGUCAUGAGUGAGCGACACACGUUGAUUCGGGUACCGCUUGUGUUUUUGAUGAACAUGAUUUGGCUGUAUUUCAAAAUGGUGCAAGAUAUCGGUUUGUCAUUUUUCUUAUUCCAUGGCCGAUCCAACGUGAAGCGGCUGUGGAACGAAACUAAGGGUAUCACCGUUAGCAUCAAGAAGAGUCGCUUUGUUGUGCAGAGCUUGGAAGGUACCUUUACUUCUUUCAGACACAACGAGCCCGACGGCGGUUACAAGGUAUACUAUUACUCGGGAGAGCACAAGACAGAGCCAGAGGGUAUGAAGCUUCUUAAAUAUGUCAGUACAUAUUCAAAGGACAUGCUUCUACUCAUUCGUCAAGAGUUCAAGGACGGCAAAGUGCUCAACGAGUACCACUACGACUACCGCACUCCAACAAAGAAGAGCUUUACCCUAUCCAAGGCGUGGGCGACCAGAAUCCCCUUGGGUCGGCGUUGCGUACGCGGACAGAACAACUUGGAAAGUGUUCAGUACAACCGCAAAGGUCUCAUCGAAGCGGGCUCCUACAUGAAGGAUGGAAACCUUAUUCGCUUCAAAUAUCAUUACCGCAAGAACCCUCGCUUCGGUGAUGAGCUGUUGCGCGCUGAGUUUUCGUUGACACAUAUCACUUGCACAGUUUCCUGGUGCGCGCCUCCUCUUCGCCAUCCGGAAAAGGUUGAGCGAUGGAUCCCUCAUUCUAAGGUCACCGAAGCGACAUUUGUCCAAGGAGCUGAUGUCUACGAGGCUCGUUGGCUGUACGAUCACAAGUUUCAUCCCACAAUUUUCACGACACUCAAUGGACAGAAGGUGCAGACACCUCCGAUGAUCGAGCACGACUUCAUAGGGGUGCUCGCCAAACCCAAGCAAACUAGCUUUGCGAACGAUAACCCUCUUUUAUACUGCGACAGCCUCAAUUCGAAUGCUGUUACCCGUUUCCUAGGACUGACAACUAAGCGCUUCCCAGUAUCCACUUCUCGUGCUCGUUCAUUGCUAUGGAAGUCUUGGAAAGACCGCGUAGACUUCGAUGCAAUUAUGGUCCGUUGGAUGGAUGAGCGACUCCUGCGAAGAGACAAGACCUUGGCUCCCUACUGGCGUGCUCGUAACCGUGGUGAUCUUGCAGCGGCGAAGAAGUAUCUGGAACUUCGCGCGGACGCCAUCACCGCCAGCGCUGAUUUGGAUGACAAUAUCUCCAGCUGGACGCCUCUUGCGGUGAAGAUUAGCGAUCUUUUCAACUUCGGACCCGGAGGCGAUGCUGUGGUCCACACCAGAUCUAAGGACUUCGGCUCUGACACUGACAAGUCGAUGCAUGUCAUGGCUGCUGAUAAUGGUACUUGGCCGAACGAAGGAGGCGGUGUCUCUGCCUGUCGACGUGAUAUGAUUAACUCGCUAAGGACCGUCAAGUGGCACAUGAUUUGCGAAUCAGCAAAUGACUUUGGUCUUCCUAAGCACCAGACGGAGCAAAAUGUCCUUUCGUUGAAAGUGGUCCCUCUUUGGGGCUUGGACUUCCUCACUCCUACACAUGGCCUGUUCAGGAACAAACUCGACUCGGAAGUUGAAAAUGUUACAUCCGCCAGUGACAUGGAUAUCAAGCUUAACUUCAUCCCAAUUCUGACAGCUCUGGUGAAGGGAGCGCGUGCGACUCACCUUUCAAAGGCUGAUAUCAACCAGGCGACUCGGGCUUUGGUCAACUUGAACACAUACUUCCAGGACUCGCGGCAUUGGACUCAGAUUUGGAACAGUGAUCUUGUCAAAGAAAGCUGGAGAGACCUUUGGCUUACUCAAGAGAUGCCUAAUACUGUUCCAUCAUCUCAGUGGUUCCGCACCGAACUUCCAACCCUGACAUCACUUGAUACUGCCUUGGAGCUUUGGUAUCGGUAUCUCUUCAUUUUCUCUAUUCCAAUUCCCGAGAAGAUACCCAGUGUCUUUCAAGCAUCGCAUCACAGUGUUAGUGCAUCCUACGGGGUUGUAUGCAAGAUGAAGAGAAACUGCACCUUACAGAUUUGGGAUCACGCCAUUAGUUGGCGUGAAACCAACCUCUGUCUGUCGUCCGCCCUGUGCAAGCUUUCUCCAUUCGUUCGCAAUGCUCUCUUAGGUUUAAUGCGGAUCACUUCAGCUCUUACUUUGCAUCAUGCCGAUAUCAUUCUUCCUUGCGCCGAUUUCUUCAAUCCCGGCUGGGAGGUUGAAAUUGGUACCUGCCAAGGAACCAUUGAACAUCGCAACGUUUUCCGCAGGAAGGUCGACCCCGUUGUCAAUGGUAUCACUGACAUGCAAAAGUUUGCCCCUGUGAAGGAGAUUAAGUCUCAGCGCCCGACAGUUACCAUGUUGUCGCACGUGUGGUAUGCCAAGGAUAUCAAGAUCGCUCUUCUUGCCGCCGACAUCAUUAUCAAUCAGUGGAAGUUUGAUGAUUAUCACCUAGAUAUUUAUGGGGCCAUCGACAAGGCGCCGACGUACUCUACUGAAUGUCAAGAAAUCAUCGCCUCCAAGGGUCUUCGAGGCAAGGUUACUCUUCGUGGUACUGCUGAUCCGAUGAAGGUUCUCGAAAACACCUGGCUUUUCCUCAACUCGUCACUGUCCGAAGGUCUGCCCUUGGCCCUAGGUGAAGCUGCUCUGACCGGUGCCCCCGUGGUUUGUACCGAUGUUGGUGCGUCUCUUCGUGUUCUGAGCGACCCAGACGACUUCUCUCGUUACAGUGCCGUCGUCGCACCCAAUGACGCCCACGCCCUCGCAAAAGCGCAAAUCACCAUGCUCGGCCUUUUGGGCGAAUGGAGCAAGUAUACUGAUGACACUGAGCCGGCGCCUGUGCUCACUUCAUCUCCAACAUCGGAGGACGUUGCCAAGAUCACCCGUCGCAUGUACGAGAAGAGCGAAUACCGCCGCAAACUCGGCAUGAUGACCCGCGAUAUCGUUCAGAAAUCAUUCAGUGGCGACCGGUACCUCCGUGAGCACGAGCAGAUGUUGUGGAUCGGCAAAUCUGCCAAGAUCAUGGCCAACCGAGUUGGAGGAGCCAUCACCGAGCCCACAGACAUUGCAACUGCCAUGCGCCAGACUCUCCCGAUCGAAGAAGAAGUCAUCACCAUCCCUCGCAGCGCUGUGCACUCGUGGCGUUCAUCUGCUGCAUCGGGCAUGUCGACGGUGUACAGUGAGGUUUCCAAUUUCCCAAUGCUCAAUGGCUACCACCGCCCGUCCUCUAUUCGCUCAGGUAUAAGCGGUAUCUCAACGGAUACAGAGUCCUUCCUUCCUCUCCCCAGCAACGCCUCUCUCCCUGUGUUCGCUCCUCGUCAGACCCUAGGCUACCCUGGCACCCCUGACGGUCGUCUCUCACCUUCGGGGCGACUAUCACCACUGCCAAACCCCAGGAAUAGUGGUCGGCGAUCCAUGUCAACCGCUGGCCGCGAGCAGCUACGUGGUCUCGGACGCGAAGAAUUGAACCCUUACCGCAAUUCCGACGUCAGCACCAUCAUGAGAGACGAAUUCCUUCAAUCAAGCAUCUACAAGAACAUCGAAGGCAGCAGAAGCACCCCCAACAUGAUCUAA